AUGGAGUGGCACAACCACUCAAGCUUGAAUGAAUUUGUGCUCCUCGGCUUCCCCAGUGUGGGACACAUCAGGGGCUGGCUGUUUAUCCUGCUGCUGUUGACAUAUCUUUUCACCAUCUGUGGCAACUUGCUCAUCUUCUUAGUCAUACGUCUGGAUGCAGCACUGCACACACCCAUGUACCACUUUGUUAGUGUUUUAUCCUUCUUGGAGUUGUGGUAUACAGCCACCACCAUUCCCAAGAUGCUAACUAACCUUCUCAGUGAGAAGAAGACCAUUUCUUUUUUAGGUUGCCUCCUUCAGACCUACUUCUUCCACUCCUUAGGGGCCUCCGAAUGCUACCUUCUUACAGCCAUGGCCUAUGACCGAUACCUCGCAAUCUGCCGGCCUCUCCACUACCCUGCGAUUAUGACCACAGCACUCUGCACCAAGAUGGCUGCUGGUUGUUGGACUUGUGGCUUCCUAUGCCCCAUUUCUGAGGUCAUCCUGGUCUCCCAGCUCCCCUUCUGUGGCUACAAUGAAAUCCAACACAUCUUCUGUGACUUCCCACCUCUGCUGAGCCUGGCCUGCAAGGACACAUCCACUAACGUUCUGGUGGAUUUUGCCAUCAAUGCUUUCAUCAUCCUUAUCACUUUCCUCUUCAUUAUGAUUUCUUACGGGAGAAUUAUAGGGGCUGUCUUGAAGAUAAAAACAGCAGCAGGACGAAAGAAGGCCUUCUCUACAUGUGCCUCACAUCUCAUUGUGGUCCUCAUCUUCUUUGGGAGCAUCAUCUUCAUGUACGUGCGACUAAGAAAGAGCUAUUCACUGACCCUUGACCGCACACUUGCUGUAGUCUACUCUGUGCUAACACCACUGGUCAACCCAAUUAUCUAUAGUCUCCGGAACAAGGAACUCAUUAAGGCCAUCAAGAGGACCAUUUUCCAGAAGGAGGUGAAAGUUAGUUCUAGUCACCAUUGA